CAGCGUUAUCCUGGGAUUGGCAGAAAAUGCCAGGCACAGCGUUAUCCUGGGACUGACAGAGAAUGCCAGGCACAGCGUUAUCCUGGGACUUACAGAGGCAUACUGGUAUCAUGGUGAGGCCAGGCCGUUUGGUACACCUUGCAUGGGUCACUGCUCCUGUAUGGAUGGAUUGGGAACAUAACCGCUGUAUGGACCUUGAUAUGUGGACACCCUGCUCCUGACAAUCUGUCUCUCUAAGGAUUAUUGCCCGGUAGAGGAGGGGGCAGGAGCCCAUUCUCUCAGGAUUAAGCCUUCCUCCUAGAUUAAUGGUUGGAUGUGUGACAGCUCUCUAUAGGAAUUGUUAAUGUGUCUCCUCUGGACUUUCCCAGAUACCAACAAUACCAAACGUUCUGUCCCCGGCACCGACGAAGGACUGGCAUUUCUUCUGGUUAUUAAGCUACAAUGUACGUUCUAUGUUCUCUGCUGACUCUGUCUCUCCUGCACCUGCUGAGAGAGCAGAGAAAGGACAACCAGGGCGGACAAGCUGGGCUCGGGGAAAUGGAGAGGAGAAAAAAGAAAGCACCUAUCGGUCCCUGGAUAAAUCAACCGCACGUGAUGCAAUCUAUAAUGCAGAGGAUCGGGUGCGCUCGUUGUGCCGGCUCAUUGUACUGCCAGCAGUGGAUGGUGAGGGGAGGUCCCUGCACACACGUUGGUUAUUGGUGCUGCACUAUUGGCGUGAUCAGUGCUUCUGAUGCCCCACAGACUAUGGUGGGAUCCCUGAGCCACGUACAGUAUGAGAUGCAGGAUAGUCCACACCGAGACCUAGUGCAGGAGAGCGUGCCUCAGGACAAGAUGGCAAGACGUGGCCAGAUGCUGAGACUGAAAGCCAAACCCCCGGAGGUUAAAGUUCUGCAGGCGACGAGGCAGACAGAGGUCCUACAUGAACGGCAGGAAAUCACAGAGUUUGGCACUAACCUGCAACUACUGCAACCACAUCAUCAGGAUGAGAAUCUCAGAGAGAAACGUCAGGAGAGGCCGGACAGCACGCUGGACACCUGCACCGAGCUGCAUAGAAAGCUGCAGGAGAUGCAGGAAAAGCUGGCACUGAAAGAGCGAGAGCAUGAGGAGAUGUGCAGAAAGAUGCAGCAGAUGCAGAAAGAAGCCGAGGAAAUGAGCAAUCUUCAGAUUCAGCUGGGAGGGACUGACUUAGAGAAACACCGAGACCUCCUGGUGUCUGAGAAUAACCACCUGAGACAAGAGCUGCAGCUUAUCAGAAGACGAAUGGACCUUGGGAAUGACAAGGAGAUCCAAAUCCUGAAGGACUGUGUGAGCCACAUGGAGCAGGUUAAGGGGGAGCAGAAGUUGCUUAUCUCCGCACUGCAGAGGGAGGUACAGCAGAAAGCGGAACGCCUUGCAGAAGCGGAGCUGCGGGUCAGGGACUCUGUGCGGGAACGAGUAGAAGAAGAAGAGCGACUGAACCGUCGACUGAGAGAAUGUCAGCAGCCGCAGAUCAAGUAUAUAAUGCAGAAGGUGGACGUUGAGUCGGGGAAGAUGAAGAUGGCCCUCAGCCAAGCACAGAGCCGCAGCCUAUAUUUGCAGGAACAAGUAGACAUGCAACGGCGCAUGCUGGACGAUAUGCAACAGAAACUACAGCAGGAACAGCAGGAAUCAGCCAAGCUGCGGGCGCAGGUGGAUCUCUAUGCCUUAGAACUUGACCAGUCCCAGGCGCAGAUGGUGCAAGAGUUUCAGACUCUCCAGGAGGAGAAGGAACAAGCGGUGUCCGAGGCCUUUCAGAGAGCACAGGUGGAGAUGAGAGCCGUGCACCUCAGCCUGGAUGGAGUGAGGAAGAACCUGCUCACGUUACAGCCUGCUCUCCGCACCCUGACACAGGAUUACAAUGCUUUAAAGAGACAGGUGCGAGACUUCCCCAUCUUGCUCCAUGAGGCCAUGACAGAGGCUCGGGAGGAGUUCUUUGCAGCCAUUCAAUGCGUUCGAAACACGAACAGUGAGCUUCUACGUAAAUACCGGAGCGAGCUGCAUCUGCGCAAGGAAUGCCAUAACCAGCUUGUCCGACUGCGAGGCAAUAUUCGGGUGCUUGCGCGAGUUCGACCAGUCACGGUAGAGGAUGGAGAGGGGCCCGCUGCGCAGAAUAUUGUAACAUACGACCAAGAUGAUGAUGGCAUUUUGCAUGUCAGUCACAAGGGGAAGAGUCUUUUAUUUGAACUUGACAAAGUCUUUACUCCGUGUACAACUCAAGAAGAGGUGUUUGAGGAGGUCUCGCCUCUCAUCACGUCAUGCUUGGAUGGUUAUAGUGUUUGUAUUCUCGCUUAUGGACAGACUGGCUCUGGAAAAACAUACAGUAUGGAGGGGACACCGUCCGAUCCUGGUAUUAACCAACGAGCCCUGCGCCUUCUCCUUUCCGAGGUGGGAGAGAGGUCCAAUUCCUGGGAGCACCAGCUCAGUGUCAGCAUGGUGGAGAUCUACAACGAAUCCUUGAGGGACCUGCUGGGCUCUGCCGGUAACACGCCAUUAGAUAUAAAGAUGGCCCCGGGGGGAGCAGGUGAAUUGUAUGUUCCUGGGCUGAUGCAGCGAAGUGUUCAGUGCAUGCAAGAUAUAAACAAGAUUUUGGAACUCGGCCACAAACAGCGAGCAACUGAACAAACCAAUGUGAACAGCCACAGCUCUCGAUCCCACGCGCUGCUUAUACUGACCGCCAAGGGAAGGGAAACCACUACCGGAAUCUGCACCACAGGUAAGCUGUAUUUGGUGGACCUGGCUGGAUCGGAGAGGGUCUCACGCUCUGGAGCUGCAGGGGAGCGACUGCGGGAAGCUCAGUGUAUCAACCGCUCUCUGUCUGCGCUGGGUGAUGUCUUCUCAGCCCUUCGUUCAGAUCAGGCAUAUGUUCCUUACCGCAACUCCAAGCUGACCUACCUGCUACAGGAGCCGCUAAGCCGAGAUGGAAAGGCAUUGCUAUUAUUACAGGUAUCUCCCACUGAAAAGAACGCCAGCGAAUCCCUGUGUUCGCUGAGGUUUGGAGACCGUGUGCGGGCCGUGGAGCUGGGGGCACCAGCCCGUAGAAUCGAGCCGCCACAACUUAGAGAACAGACAGAGACUGAGAGCGUAACAGGUCGUGGCGCAAGAAACACCUCCUUGCGGAAACGACCCAUAAAUUCAGGGCGCCUUCGGAUCGGGCUGCAGUAACAGUGUUAUUAUGGAUCCCCGAAACUUCAUCCCUCAUAGGGAGACGAGCAAUAAAUGGACAUCUUGCUGCCUGUGUAAUAAAUGAUGUAUAUAAUCUAUAAAUAAUAAUAUACAGAGAUUUUAUAUUAAACCUGAGUAAAGGAUUGACCAGA